AUGGCUCUCAAUCCCGCAGCCUCCUCCCGCCGCAAGGAGAUCGUCGUCGUCGGCGGUGGCAUCUACGGCGUCGGCACAGUGUCGUAUUUCCUGCGCAAGAUGGAUCCGAAGUUUGUGCACGUCACGCUGAUUGAGAAACGCGAUGAUUUUAUCUACCUGCCGAUAAACUGCCGCAACCUCGUCGAGGAUCUGAGCGAAUACAUCAAGCCGUAUGACGGUCUCUUUAACCCGAAUCCGAGCCUGGGAGAAGUCAAGAAGGGACUUGUCAUCGGCUUGGAUAGACAGAAGAAGCUCGUCAAGCUUGAGUCUGGCGAGAGUGUCCGAUAUGAUGUGCUUAUAUUGACUCCAGGAUGCGCCUGGAACGAUCCAAACAGCGCACCUUCGACGCACGAGGAAACGCUGGCAUACUACCAAGCCCUUCGCGAGCGCGUCCAGAACAGCAAAAACAUCGUCGUCAUCGGCGCCGGCUCUGUGGGCUGCGAAGUGUCGGGCGAGAUCAAGUCCCGCUACGGGCGCUCGAAGAACGUGAUCUUGAUCCACGCCCGCGAGCUGCCCUUGACGCCGAUCUACAUGCCCAAGCUGCGCAAGAAAGUCGCGGGGAUGCUCAAGAAGCUCGGCGUGAAUGUGAUUUACAGUACACUCGGGUACGACAAUCGCGACGGAACGGUGACGCUGCAGCACAACUCGAUGGGAAACGUGUCCAAUGAGGAUAUCGAGGCGGAUAUGGUGUUGACGGAUAUCACGCCCAAGCCGAAUACCUGGUUCAUUCCCAGCGAGUUCAAGAACUCGGGCGGAUCCGUGCAGGUGCUCGAUACCUUCCAGACCGUGCUUGAUCCCAACGUCUUCUGCGUCGGCGACGCAAACGACAUUCCCGAGGUCAAGCAGGCCUUGCACUCGCGCGGCAACUCGAUGCCAGUGCUUUUCAACAACGUCUCGGCGGUGCUGGAAGGGAAAAAGCCAAGAGACCACUACGUUACCUUGCGACACUCGCUCUCGCUGACGUUCGGUCGCGAUAUCGGAGUCGGGUACAUGAAGCUUCCGGGACUGGGACCUACGGUCUUGCCGGAGUGGGUGGUCAAGAAGUUGAAGAACGAGGACUUACAUGCGAAGCGUAUCGCCAAGCUGAUGAACGGGUUCUCACCUUGA